AUGUCUUGUAGUUCUUUCACGGAGAUUUUCUCCAGUGGAAGCUUUGGAAUUGGACAUUCUGGAACAAAGUUGAAGGUAAAGUCUUGUGCUGGAUUGGAAAAUAUUAUGAAAUCUUCAGUGGUCAAUAAUAUUCAAAAACUUAAAAUAUUAUGCAUAGAUUAUUGUGAAAAGAUAGAAGAAAUAAUUGCAAGCGAUGAUGAGAAUGAUGAUUUUGAACUAGCAUUUAUGAAAUUGGAGCAUUUGCAAUUGAUUAACUUACCAAGGCUAAGAAGUUUUUGCAAGGGAAGACAUAGCUUCAAAUUUCCACUACUGAAGACGUUAUCUGUAAUAGAUUGUCCCAUGAUGGAAACUUUCUCACAUGGAGUGUUGUAUGCACCAAAGCUCAGAACUGUACGUGUAAAUGCAGAAGGUGAAUGGCAUUGGAAUGGUGACAUUAAUUCUACUCUAAGAAAAAUUGUAGCGAAAAAAGGUAAUGUAUACAAAAUGGAUUACCUCAAAUCAUGA